AUGGGGGAGAGGCGGAAGAAGGAGAAGGGGGUAGACGAGUCGGUGCGCUUCAUGGCGCACACGCGCGAGCCCCUCCGCGCCAUCAUCCACCCACUCGCCUUCUACGUCUGGGGCCAUAUUGUCGGGUUUCUCACUGCAGCCGCCAUGCGCCUCCUCGGCUUCUCCAAGCACACCGCGCCCAACGGCAUUCAUUACAGGUUCCGCGCUCCCAAAAAAUCGGCUCCAAAGCGAAAGACCCACAAGGCAGCAGCGGUGAUGCCGAUUUUUGACGACACGUCAGCAGCAGGCGCCACGUCAGCCGCAUUGACCGCACCGCUGCUUGGCGCGAGGGGCGGGCGCGUAACAAGGGAGGAGGAGGCGGAGGAGGGGGUGGUGCUGGUGCACAGGCUGGGGCUCACGCCCUACCUAUCGUUCUUGCACAUGCUCUCGAGAAGCUACUCCAUCAAGAAGCUCAUCGUGGUGGAGCUGGCACACCUGGCAGUGCGCCUGUCCACGUCAUCACCUACGAUAGAUGACGUGGCAGACGGGCUAACCGACGCGAUGGCGGUCCACGGCAUGCAAUCGGCCAUCUUCGUGGGGCACUUGUACGGCGCCCUGGUGCUUGCUCGGCAGUUCCGUGUGAGAAGCGUUGUUCUAUCAUUAAUCGCUCUUCCUUCCCUGGGCCACACCCACCCCUCCCUUCCCCUCUCCGCCUCUCCCCCAUCUUCCCCCUCUCCCCCCUCUCCCUCCUCUCCCCCACCUCCCCCUCCCCCCACCCCCCAGCAAGUGCGCAAGCGCCCUGAGGCAGUCAGCGCCAUGGGCUUUGUUGAUCCCGCAUGCAUCCUGCUCUGCCUCCCUAAAGUGCUCUUCAAUUUUAUCUAUAAGGUCCCCGGCUCCCCCUCAAUAGGCGAUACGAUGGCAGAGGCCGUGAGGUGGUUCCUGUGCGGGAGGGAGCUGCAGGUGGCACGUGCUCUCUGCCGCGGCUUUAACUGGAUAGGUGGUAGCAGGAGGAGGAGCAGCGGGGCAGGGAGCAAUGGGCCGAGCAGAGGGGGGAAGGCGCGGGAGGGGGGCAACAGUGAGGAGACCCUGCCGAUGCUGCUGCAACUGCCGCAGCACCGGCAGGGCCUCCUCACUGUUGCGGUGAUGGAAUGGCACUGGUGGGCGUUCAUAGUGUGUUGUGUUGUGACUGAGGGGUGA